AUGGAGAGUCCUCUUGAUCCCAGUUUGGACAUAGGGCGGAACUCCUUCAACUUCGGCCACGUCCGUUCUGUCUUUGCGCACGUUUACUUCACGCUCAUGGAUCGCCAGGCGCGGUGGAAUGAAGGACUUGAUAUGGAAGAGAGCUUGCUGACUGCUAUUUACCCUGUGUGUCACCCCAUAUUUGCCUUGAGGGCUUUCAGCCCUUUAAGUGCAGCAGCAAACCAGGCGCUCGAAGACGCGGGUUUGCUGCCAGCAAGCAGCAGCAGCAGCAGCAGCAGCAGCAGAGGCAGCAGCAGCAGAGGCCGGAGAAGAAGCAGGAAGGGCAGGGCGCGGAGCCCGAAACGCAGCGGCGCAGACCGGAAGCGACGCCGCAGCAGCAGCAGCAGCAGCAGCAGCAGCAGCGACAGCGACACAGAAGACAAAGCAGCAGUUGGGGGGCCCCCCUUGGGGGCUGAGGGGGCCCCCGGCUUCCCCUGGAUGUACAUGGCGGUGCCCCAGAGUUUGCUGCAGCAAACCCUAGACGAGUUUCUGGAAGUCUCGCAAACGUGGGAGCAGCAGCAGCAGCAGCAGCAGCAGCAGCAGCAGCAGCAGCAGCAGCAGCAGGUGGAAUCUUACGCGGACAGCAGCAGCAGCAGCAGCAGCAGCAGCAGCAGCGCAUUCGUUAUCUUCAAUGCUGCUGCUGCUGCAGUGUCACACAAGAGCAGCAGAAGCUGCAGCAGUUUAGCUUUGAAGACACGCAGCUGCUUUAGAAGGACCACCGGCGCAACAGGAGCAGCAGCAGCGGAAGCUGCAACAGCAGCAGCAGAAGCUGCAGCAGCAGCAGCAGAAGCUGCAGCAGCAGCAGCAGAAGCUGCAGCAGCAGCAGCAGAAGUUCAAGCUGCAGUAGGCGGCAUAGCAGCUGCAGGGUCAACAGGAGCAGCAAUAGCAGCAACACCAGCGACAACAGCAGCAACUGGAGCAGCAGCAGCAGAAGCAGCAGCAGCACAAAUGAAUGCCGUGCUGCGGUGCUGCACUGCAGCAGAGCCAAAGUCGGCGACGCAGGCCCUACUCCAGCAGAAGCAGCAGCAGCAGCAGCUGCAGCAGCAGCAGCAGCUGCAGCUGCAGCAGCAGCUGCUGCAGCAGCAGCAGCUGCAGCAGCAGCAGCAACCGGCACAACUCUUUUAG